GGUGGGGAGCUCCAGGGGCACCUUUGUGAUGUCAGCGCCCUGCCUGCAACCCUCAGAGCCCCUCCACUUCCCCCCAGAGGCCUUCCCGCCCAGUCUGGAGAGGCAGCCAAAGCAGGCAUGGGUUCCCACUGUGCCAAGCUAGGCACAGGCCACAGCCGGGGCCACGAAUCCUCCAUGAAGAAGCUCGUGGCCUGUGUGAGUCAAGAUAACUUCUCCUUGUCCUCAGAGGGUGAGGAGGAGGAGGAGAGAGAAGAAGAAGAGGAGGAAGAGGAGCUCCCGGUACAGGGCAAGCUGCUGCUGAUGGAGCCUGAGAGGCAGGACGAGGGCGCUGAAGACGACCCUGUGGCCCAGCAGAGCCCCGAGCCCAAGCAGACGCACUCCUGACCCCCGAGGACGACCCAGGAAGAGGUGCCUGCUGCUGUUCCAGCGAGAAGAACUUUCAGAAAAGAGCCAAUAAAGUCUCCAAAGGAACUCUC